AUGAUGGACACAUCACGUAUUGUUCAUUUGUUUUUACAAUAUUUACCAGAUUUUUUUAAAAAAAAAUUAUCUCAUAGAGAAGAUCAUUUUUCACAGAAUUUCCCUAGCCAGUGUUCUUUAUUUGCAUCUAUGACAAAUAUUCAUAAUAAUAAUGAAGAAAAUCUUAUUUAUGACAAUGAUGGAUUUUUAUUAUUAAUGGAAACAGCUCAAUCGAAUCUUUCAUUAUUUAAUGUUAGUUGUGAUUCACUUAUUUUUAAUGAUAAUGAAGAUUUUAAUCAAAAAUCAAGACAAACAUUAAAUACAAUUAAACAUUAUAAUAGUUCAAUAGAUAUUCAUCUAGAUAUUAAAAAAACUAAUCAUCGUUUAACAAUGACUUUUUCAGAAGAAAUUAUUUCAUCGCAAACAAAAACUUUACAACGAUGGAAAGGACAUGAAUUAUUGAAUAUAUGUGCUUAA